UUCCGGAAAUUAGAGCGACGAGGAAAACGGCGUCUCCGAGCAGAAAAGAAGCCAAAACUUAAACGGCUCCGUCCAAACCACCAAAUAGCAAAAUCGAUGGAGCAACGCACGCAAAUGUUGCUACAUCCCGAAACCAGUUUGAAAGGUGAAGUUUUACCACCAGACGUGCUCAAAGUGGUCGUCGGUGAAGACCAGCAGCCGGACGAGGAAGAGGAGGAGGAGCGCCCGCUCAUUAAGGAGGAAGAGGAGGAGCACGACGUCAGUCAGGUGGACGACGACAUCACCCAGUUCCACGUGAAAUCUGAGGAUGAAGCCGAUUGGUCGCACGUUGGUGAGGAGAAUGCAGCGGCGGAGUUGAGCGAUCACACGAUCGCUCGAGCGGAAGAUGGCGGUUCAGAAGCCGACUCGGUUUUGGCUCCGCUGUCAGACUGCGAGCAAGCGGAAGAAGAAGAAGAAGAAGAAGAAUCCCCUCCCGACACGGACGACAGCGACGGCAGCCGAGAACGGCGUCAAAACUGCGACGGCAAACACUUCAAAUGUGGCGAAUGUGGCAAAAGCUUUACCAAGCGGAAAAACUUGAGCACGCACAUGUCUCUCCACAGUGGCGAAGCUUUUACCUGUUCGUUUUGCAGCAAAGCCUUCAAGAAACGUUACAAUUUAGUUAUCCACUCUCGCAUUCACACAGGAGAGAAACCGUACUCCUGCUCACUCUGUGGCCUCAAGUUCUCCCAGAAAGGAAGUCUGGUGAGACACACGACCACUCACACGGGCCAAAAGACGUUCACCUGCUCCGUGUGCAACGUCAGCUUAUGUCAGCGCUCGGAUUUGAUCGUGCACUCGCGCAUUCACACUGGGGAGAAACCUUUUGGCUGCAUGCUUUGCGGUGCCCGUUUCUCCCAAAAAGGAAGCCUGGCCAGACACGCCAGGACUCACACAGGAGAGAAACCAUUUUCCUGCUCCCUCUGCGCCGUCAAUUACAGUCGCAGGUCCGCUCUGGUCAAUCACAUGAAAACGCACAACGGCAGCGGAGGAGCAGUCAGCAACGGCAGUCAGGGAGAUUUUGAACCUUCAAUUUGACGGUUGUUUCCCUGGUCAACAAAUGAACGCGGCCUCCGUUCUUGUUUAAGCUGAAACAAGAACCCGCGUAGCCGUCAUCGAAAAAUCCAUUUUGAGUCAUUUGGGAGUCGGGAAUGAGUGAACGAUUCCAAAUGCAGUCGCUACCGAAUCAUUCACUCAUUCCCCCACAUUUCAUUUGAACUUUUUGUUUCCUUUGUGCUUCCUCAUGUGGCCGAAGCACAACUUUGUUUGUCCAUGUGUCUCUGCAGCGCCCCCACGUGGACAGACUUCUAAGCACAACGUGAGCAGCUUUUUCCUGUGGUGGAGGCCUUAUGUAUACUUUCCAAUCUUAAAUACUUGACUUGCCAAACAAUUUUAGCAUUAAACUACAAUAAAGCCUC